AUGAAACUCUUUAUUGGAGGAGUGGUGCAUAAUAAUGAGGAUACUCCUUCCAAGGAUGACUUCUCCCGUGUGUCGGCUGAGAUCAAAGAUGUCGAGAAAGAUUCUUUCGUUCUACACAUCCCUGAGAGAAUCUUAGACUAUGACAAUGCAGAAAGUAAGCCAUCCAAGUUGGAAGUGGAAGCAAUUGCAGCCAAAGGCGUUUCUGAACUUAUGCCUCAAGAUGUAGCAAAGGCAUUUUGGGGUGUCGAUAAAGUUUCUUCAAAGGUUUCCAGGAAUGUGCGUGAAAUAUUCAAACUUGUUGUAGAGUUCUUCGAGUAUGUUGAGGCCGUGAAGCUUACUGGGGAUCUUAAUGUUCCUGCUGGCCAGGUUACAUUUCGUGCCAAAAUUGGGAAAGGGAGUCGCAAUUCCAAUUGUGGGAUGUAUCCUGAUGAAUUAGGAGUGGUUGUGAGUUAUAACGGUGAAGGGAGAAUAGCAGAGUUCGGGUUUAAGAAUUCGUGA